AUGAUCGGGAGCGCGGGAAGGCUCGGGCUGCUGGCCUCACUGGCCGGCCUGGUAUGGGGACAGAACGGUGAGCAUCGCCUGCGCCCGGAGCAGUGGAAUCCCGCUGAUCCAUUCCAGCCAUUACCGCCGCCGGGACAAAUUUCACCCUCACCGCGGACGCGGCCAGCUACCUCUUCCACGUGGACCAGGAAACCGGUGAUCUCUCCUCGGACCACUUCGGAGGCCCCGUGACCGACUUCGUGCAGCCAGAGACCUUCUACCAAGGCGGCUGGCAGGAUGGCCUGGCCAACACUCGCCGCGAAUUCCCGGACAAUGGACGCAGCGAUUCCCGCCUUCCCGCCAUCCAUAUCAAGCAUCCAGAUGGCAGCACCGUCUCGGCCUUCCGUUACCGUUCCCACCAGAUCUCGGAUGGAAAGCCCUCGCUGCCGGGCCUCCCGGCGACAUACGGUGCAGCAGGUGAUGUGUCCACCCUGACGGUGACGUUGUACGACAAUGUCUCGGAUAUCACCGCCGUCCUCAGCUACUCCGUCUUUCCCAAGUACAACGCUGUGGCGCGGAGCUUCAACAUCACCAACCAUGGCAACAGCAGCAUCAGCAUCGAGCGGGCGGCGAGCUUCAGCCUCGAUCUCCCCAAUCUGGACCUUUGCAUGCUGGAGCUGCAGGGAGAUUGGUCGCACGAGGUGAGAACCUCCAUUGACCAUGACAAGAAACAUCCUGACCUGACUUCAGAACAACCGCGCGAUCCGCAAGGUCGACUUCGGUGAGACCACCUUCCGCAGCACAGAAGGUCUCUCUUCCCACCUCCACAACCCGUUCUUUGCUCUGAUGUCGCCAACUACCACGGAGACCACCGGCGAGGCGUGGGGCUUCAACCUCAUCUACUCGGGCAGUUUUGCAGCAACCGCCGAACGGUUCUCGCACGGCUUCGUCAGGGUCUUGCUCGGACUGAACCCUCUCCACGCGAGCAUCCCCGUUGCACCCGGCGACACGUUUACCUCGCCAGAAGCCGUGGCCGUCUACUCGGCUAACGGCAUCGGUGGCAUGUCUCGGUCGUUCCAUGACCUGUACAGGAGUCAUCUCUCCAAAUCUCGCUUCACUCGCGAGGUUCGACCUAUCCUGCUGAACUCCUGGGAAGGCUCUGGCUUCGACUACAAUGAGUCUUCGCUUGUCACUUUGGCGGGAGAAGCAGAGCAGCUCGGUGUCGAACUCUUCGUGAACGACGAUGGCUGGUUCGGCGUUGAAUACCCUCGAGAUAACGAUACCAUGGGCCUGGGAGACUGGACUCCGAACCCUGCCAAGUUCCCCGAUGGUCUUCGCCCCUACGUGAACGACGUCAACAACUACACAGUCUUGAACUCCACCUCGGAGAUGCAAUUCGGUCUUUGGGUUGAGCUGGACAUGGUCAACCCCAAUUCGACCCUCUACCACCAACAUCCCGACUGGGCGAUGGCCGCUCCUGGCUACCAGAGGUCGCUCACCCGCAACCAGCUCGCUCUGAAUCUGGGUAUCCCUGCAGUACAAGAAUUCGUCCUCGAUACCAUGCAUCGCAUUCUCGACUCCGCCCAUAUCCAAUACAUCAAGUGGGACUACAACCGGGGAAUACACGAGAUGCCCGCUCCUGCCGCCGAUCACAAACACAUCCUGGGCAUGUAUCGCAUCAUUGACAACUUGACAUCUUCAUACCCAAAUGUCAUUUGGGAAGGUUGCGGUUCUGGUGGCGGCCGUUUUGACGCUGGUCUGCUAUACUACUGGCCCCAGCACUGGACUUCGGACGACACUGACGCCGCAUACCGUCUCCGAAUCCAGAUGGGGACUUCCCUCAUGUAUCCCCCAUCAUCCAUGGGCUGCCACGUUUCCGCCAUCCCCAACGGUCUCACUCGCCGCAAUAUCUCCAUCGAAUACCGCGCCCACGUCGCCAUGAUGUGCGGAUCUUUCGGUUUCGAACUGUCACCUUCGAAACUCAGCGCAGAAGAAGCCGCUGCAAUCCCCUCCAUCAUGGCCGAAGCACACAGAGUCAAUCCGAUGGUCAUCGGUGGCGAUUUCUACCGCUUGGCUUGGCCGGACGAGUCGAAUUGGCCGGCUGUUCAGUUCAUCUCCAACGACACCAACACCGCGCUCGUGUUUGCUUUCCAGCAACUCGCCACGGUCAAGCCUGUCCCGCCGCCGUUGAGGUUGCAGGGUCUGGAAUCCACGGCGAGGUAUUGGAACAACCUCGACAAUACCACUUAUAGUGGCGCGACGUAUAUGAAUCAUGGCUUGAACUUUCCAUGGGAGGCAAACAGUCUGAACGCGGACUAUCUCAGCAAACUCGUCUGGUUGUACAAGCAGUAG